AUGGCCGAGGGCAGCCCCGUGUCCCACCCUCACCACGCCGCGCAUCCUUCGCUGCUGCGAGCGCUCGGCUCUCUCCGCGAGGAGUCCCGCUUCUGCGAUGCGCACCUGGUCCUCGACGGGGAGGAGAUCCCGGUGCAGAAGAACAUCCUGGCGGCGGCCAGCCCCUACAUCAGGCCAAAGUUAAACUAUAAUCCUCCAAAAGAUGAUGGAUCAACUUAUGAACUGGAAGGGAUAUCGGUAAUGGUUAUGAGAGAGAUCCUGGAUUGCAUCUUCAGUGACCAGAUGAGACUAAAUGAAGAAACAAUCCAAGACGUUGUUCAGGCAACAGGCCUGCUACUCCUGACAGGCCUUAAAACCCUGUGCUGUGAGUUCUCGGAAGGCUGCAUUGCUGCCGAGAACUGCGUCGGUAUCUGUGACUUCGCACUGCAUUACUGCCUGCAUCAUGUCCAUUACCUUGCCACAGAAUACCUGGAGACUCAUUUCCGAGACGUCAGCAGCACGGAAGAAUUCUUAGAACUGAGUCCUCAAAAGCUUAAAGAAGUGAUUUCUCCUGAGAAGUUAAAUGUUGGCAAUGAAAGACAUGUCUUUGAAGCAGUAAUUCCAUGGAUAGCACAUGAUACAGAAAUAAGAAAGGUCCACUUGAAGGAUGUUAUGUCAGCUCUGUGGGUUCUAGGGUUGGACUGCAGUUAUUUGCGGGAACAGAUGCUAAAUGAACCAUUAGUACGAGAAAUUGUCAAACAGUGUAGCAACGUACCGUUCAGCCAGCGGCAGCAAGGAGAGGCGAUGCUGGCCAGCUUCAAACUCCGGAGCUACUCUGAGUGCAUCGUGACUGUCGGUGGGAAAGAGAGGGUUUCACGGAAACCCACAGCAGCGACGCGGUGCCUAUGCCCUCUCUAUGACCCCAAUAGGUAGCUUUGGAACGAACUGGCCCCUUUAAGCAUGCCGAGAAUUAACCAUGGAGUUCUCUCAGCAGAAGGGUUUGUGUUUGUAUUCGGAGGCCAAGAUGAAAAUAAGCAGACCCUGAGCUCAGGAGAAAAAUAUUAUCCACAUGUAAAUACAUUGCCACCCGUGAAUGAGGCAAGAUGUAACUUUGGAAUUGUGGAGAUAGAUGGGAUGCUGUACAUUUUGGGAGGAGAGGAUGGUGAAAGGGAGCUGAUUUCCAUGGAGCGUUACGGUAUUUAUUCUAAAACCUGGAUAAAGCAACCUGAUUUGACCAUGGUCAGAAAGAUUGGCUGCUAUGCAGCUGUGAAAAAGAAAAUCUACGCCAUGAGUGGAGGCUCCUAUGGAAAGCUUUUCGAGUCUGUGGAAUGCUACGAUCCCAGGACCCAGCAGUGGACUGCCAUAUGUCCACUGAAAGAGAGGAGGUUUGGAGCUGUGGCCUGUGGAGUUGCCAUGGAGCUGUAUGUGUUUGGGGGAGUCAGAAGUCCUGAGGACAUCCAGGGUGGCGAGAUGCUAACUUGCAAAUCUGAGUUCUACCAUCAUGAGUUUAAAAGGUGGAUCUAUCUUAACGACAAGAAUGUAUGCAUCCCCGCCAGUUCAUCUUUUGUUUAUGGAGCUGUACCUAUAGAAGCCAGUAUUUAUGUUAGUGUAGAUCUUGAUACAGGUACCAACUGUGACUACAUGCGUGAGUUUAAAAGAAGCACCGGGAAAAACACUGGAACCUGGCACCACACUAAACAACCACUUCUUCCAUCCGACCUUCGCCGCACCGCGUGUGCAGCCUUGCACAUUGCAAAUUGCAAGCUUUUCCACCUGCAACUUCGGCAAGGCUUAUUCCGUAUUCGUGUUCAUUCCCCUUGA